AUGAAAGUGAAGGCGGCGAUCGAGGUGGUUUCGAAGGACGCGUUUUAUACAUUAUCCGCUAGAAUACGCGAGCUGUUGUCUCCCACCCUCGCAUCGCGAGCAUCUAUCUUUUCUCCUUCUUCCUCAAGUGUUCGCGGCUCGGAUAGUGAAAUGCAUAUUCGGCUGCCUAAAUUAAAUUUACCGUCGUUCUCCGGCAAGUAUGACGAAUGGUUCCCGUUCUUCGACACUUUCAAUUCGGUUAUUCAUUCCAAUGCCUCGCUCUCAGACGCGCAACGAUUUCAAUAUCUGCGUGGGUGUCUCACCGGUGACGCAAGUGCCGUAAUCAGUUCAUUAGAAAUUUCGGAUGCCAAUUACGCGGUCGCGUGGUCAAUUCUCAAGAGUCGAUAUGACAACAAGCGCGAAAUUGUACAAAAUCACGUUAAGGCUAUAAUGGAUUUGCCAUCCAUGGCAAAAGAAAAUCCAGUCGAGCUCAGGAAGAUCUCGGACGGCGCUGCAAAGCAUUUGCAUGCCCUUCAGGCAUUGAAGCGUCCUACAGAGCAUUGA